AUGGGAUUAACGGAUACGGUGUACGUACAGCUGGUGCACAUGUGGGAUGGGUUUGACGUGUACAAGUUGCUUCGUCUGGUGAUCGUUGUUGGUGGGUACAUGCUCAUCAGGACGCUUGUACAGCGGGACUUGGCGAAGAGGCAAUUGAAGAGGCAACUGGAGCAGGAUAAGUUGCGCAAGGAGGGCGCACCGGCCACAGAGCCGGCGAUGGAGUCCGCCAAGGGACCUGCUGCAGCAUCGUCGUCGUCGUCGGAGCUUUCGCAGUUCGGGUGGGGGAACAAGACGCGUGUGCGUGUCAAGCAGCAGCAAGAGUUGCUAGCCUCUGCGAUCGACAAGUUGAGAGAGGGUCAAUUCGACUCCCAGCGGGACGACGAUAUCGCUGAUCUACUAGAGGACUGA